AUGGAUUUGCCAAAUUAUAUUUUGAACGAACAAGCCCGAUUAAAACUAAAAGAAAAAGAAUUGAUAAAGAAAAAAGAAAUUUUACUUUACAAGAUCAAUAAAACAGAAAAUGAAGAGAUAAAAAGCAAUUACAGGGAUAUGCUAGUUUCAAUUAUAUUUGAAAUAGAUGACAUUAGUGAUGCUAUUGAAAAUGCGGGAAUGGUCGGAAGAGCUUGAGAUGAUUCUAGCUCAUCAAUGUUUUACUCAACUGAAGACUCGACUUCCUCCAGUUUUAGCGAUUAUAGCACUUUUAGAAGAUCUAGAAAUAAUUAUGGAAUCUAG